UUCAUGAUAAAAAGGUUGGUUGGUAAUCAUCCAAUGUCUGUCAUUUAAAUCUGGGUUCAGAUAAAAAAUAGAGCCUUUUUCUUUUUUCUCUUUUUCUAUCUAAACCUUUAAGAAGAAAUAUGGCUGCUAGACUCUUCUUAAGAACGGCUAUCCAUGCGCGUACCCUGACAAGCUCCAUGGGAAAAGUGUGUGUGACACGUCCUGUCAUGAUGAACAAGAUGGCUUUGCCUAGCUUGAGCUCUCGCCUUUCUAGCAGAACUUUUACAGUUGCUUUACCUCGCUUCAGUAAUGGUGAAGUUGAUUCCGAGCUGGCUCAUCAAUUGGAAGAAGAAAUGCAAUUUGAAGAGACGGAUGAAAAGAAUGAGAUCCCCCCUUUUGUUCAAGAAUUUUUGGACACUAAUUUGUUCAAGAUUGAGGAUCAACUCGGACAUGACAAGGUUAUCUUGACGCGUAACUUUGGUACGGAAAAGAUUCGCGUGAUUUUUUCAAUCUCUGAUAUCAAUAACACGGUGGAAGAAUUUGAGGAUGAUGAGGAAGAAGAAGCACCUGUUAAACAUCAUGAAGGAGGUGUAAAGGAAGGGGCUGAAGAAGAGAAAGAGGAGAAGAAAGAAGAGGAGGAGGAAGAGGAGGAGGGAUCAUUCCCUGUCCGUGCCACUGUGAUGGUGGAAAAGGAAGGAAAAGGAAGCCUUGUGUUGAAUACAGUAGCUCAAGAUGGAUACUUACAUAUUGAUGCUGUUAGAUACUUUAAAGAGGGACAGAUUGCUACGGAUGAAAUUGCUACCAAGGAAAUCGGCGAACAGAGACAGGAUCUGUAUAUGGGACCUGUCUAUGAAGAGUUGGGUGAAGAUCUUCAAACGACAUUUGUAAAGUAUUUAGAGGAGCGUGGUAUUGAUACAGCAUUAGCCACAUUCUUGCCUGAUUAUGUUGACUAUAAGGAACAAAAGGAGUAUGUGAACUGGUUAAAGGAUGUGAAUGAUUUUGUCUCUGCCUAAAAAUAAAAUACCAUUAGUUACAAAUACGGGGUUUUAUACACACCGGGACCUGAAAAAAAAA